AUGGAUUAUAAAAAGAGUAAUCUGAAGUUGUGCCGGCGGGUUUCGGCUUUAUGUCAAGUGCGUCCAAUCGUUCGAACGAGUACUCCAGUGCCCGUAGGCGACCCACCAGUCUUGAAACAAAGGCCACCUAAUAAUACUAAUAGUGGUAGUGCGCCAUAA